GGGUCCUCUUCCUAUUUUCAGUUGCGUCGGCAGCUGGAGGAGAACGGUCGGUGAUGGCGGCGGUCGCAGAGGACUCAGCUGCAGCUGCCAUCCCGGCCUCCGCUGAGGAGAGAGAGAGACAGCGCGAGGCAAUGCCAGGCCUGGACGAACAGUGGCGCCUAGUCGAGAAUGGGCGAGAGCGUCCACUGCGAGCUGGCGAAAGCUGGUUCCUUGUGGAGCAACGCUGGUAUAAACAGUGGGAGGUGUAUGUGAAGGAAGGGGACCAGGAUGCUGAUACCUUUCCUGGCUGUAUCAACAAUACUGGACUCUUCGAAGAUCAGAUAAGCUGGCACCUCAGGGAGGGACUGCUAGAAGGAGAUGAUUAUGUGCUGCUCCCAGCGACUGCUUGGAAUUACCUGGUCAGCUGGUAUGGUCUAGAAGAUGGCCAGCCACCUAUUGAGCGCAAGGUUAUAGAACUUCCUGGCAUACGAAAGGUGGAAUUAUACCCAAUAGAGCUGCUGCUUGUCCAGCACAGUGAUAUGGAAACAGCUCUCACCAUUCAGUUCAGCCACACUGAUACUGUGGACCUAGUCUUACAAACAGCUCGAGAGCAUUUUCUGGUGGAGCCUCAGGAAGAUACACGCCUCUGGGUCAAGAACUCAGAGGGCUCUUUGGAUCGAUUGUGCAACACACAGAUCACACUGCUUGAUGCCUCCCUUGAGACUGGGCAGUUGGUCAUUAUGGAGACCCGAAACAAAGAUGGCACUUGGCCCAGCGCACAGCUGUAUGACAUGAACAACAUGCCAGAAGAGGAUGAAGACUUCCAGGGCCAGCCGGGCAUCUGUGGCCUUACCAAUCUGGGCAACACAUGCUUCAUGAACUCAGCCCUACAGGUUGGGCCAUUAGAACUAUGUCUGGCACAGCUACAGGGAUUAGAGAUACUGACAUCUUUCCCUGAUCCUUUUACUGCAUCCCCACUGCCAACCCUUCCCCUUCUCUCUCCCAUUCCCCUCUCCUUUUCUUUUCUCACUUGGGCCACCUCACCUCUCCUCUACCUCUUUCACUGGGCCCUGCUACCACAGUGCCUCAGCAAUGUGCCACAGCUUACGGAGUACUUUCUCAACAACCGCUACCUGGAGGAACUCAACUUCCGCAACCCUCUGGGAAUGAAGGGUGAGCUUGCUGAGGCCUAUGCUGAUCUGGUAAAGCAGACUUGGUCUGGCUACCACCGCUCCAUUGUGCCGAAUGUGUUCAAGAACAAGGUUGGCCAUUUUGCGUCCCAGUUCCUGGGCUACCAGCAGCAUGACUCACAGGAACUACUGUCAUUCCUCCUGGAUGGACUGCAUGAGGACCUCAAUCGAGUAAAAAAGAAAGAAUAUGUUGAGCUAUGCAAUGGUGCUGGGCGACCGGAUUUGGAAGUAGCACAGGAAGCCUGGCAAAACCACAAACGACGAAAUGAUUCUGUGAUUGUGGACACUUUCCAUGGCCUCUUCAAGUCCACUCUGGUGUGCCCUGAUUGUGGCAAUGUGUCUGUGACCUUUGAUCCCUUCUGCUACCUCAGCGUCCCACUACCUGUCUGCCCCAGGAGGGUCUUGGAGGUCUUCUUUGUCCCCAUGGAUCCCCGCCGCAAGCCAGAACAGCACCGGGUUGUGGUCCCCAAGAAAGGCAAUAUUUCAGAUCUAUGUGUGGCCCUGUCCACACACACAAGUGUUGCACCAGAAAAGAUGAUAGUAGCUGAUGUGUUCAGUCACCGAUUCUAUAAGCUCUACCAACUGGAGGACCCUCUGAGUAGCAUCUUGGAUCGUGAUGAUAUCUUUGUAUAUGAGGUGACCGGUCGGAUUGAGCCUGUUGAGGGUUCAAGAGAUGAUAUUGUGGUUCCUGUUUACCUGCGAGAACGCACCUUAUCCCGAGACUACAACAACUCCUACUAUGGUCUGAUACUUUUUGGGCACCCUCUCCUGGUGUCCGUGCCCCGGGACCGGUUCUCCUGGGAAGGCCUAUAUAACAUCCUCAUGUAUCGGCUUUCACGAUAUGUGACCAAACCCACUUCAGAUGAGGAGGAUGGGGAUGAAAAAGGUGAUGAGGAGGAUGAUGAUGGCAAUGAAGAUAGCAGCAGUGAUGAAGAAAAAGAGGAAAUGCCUGGCCCUUCCACUACCAAUAGUGUCCAAGAAACAGAGCAGGAGCAGGCUGGACCCAGCUCUGGGGUCACUAGGAGAUGCCCAUUCCUCUUAGACAACAGCCUUCGCACAUCUCAGUGGCCCCCAAGGCGACGGCGUAAGCAACUGUUUACCCUGCAAACGGUGAACUCCAAUGGAACCAGUGACCGGACCACCUCCGCUGAGGAAAUUCAAACCCAGCCAUACAUUGCCAUGGAUUGGGAACCAGAGAUGAAAAGGCGUUACUAUGAUGAAGUGGAAGCUGAGGGCUAUGUGAAACAUGACUGUGUGGGAUAUAUGAUGAAGAAAAGUCCAGUGCAGCUGCAGGAGUGUAUCAAACUCUUCACCACCGUGGAAACACUUGAGAAGGAGAACCCUUGGUACUGCUCCUCCUGUAAGCAGCACCAGCUGGCCACCAAGAAGCUGGACCUCUGGAUGCUGCCUGAAGUUCUCAUUAUCCACCUGAAGCGGUUUUCCUUUUCCAAAUUAUCUCGGGAGAAGUUGGACACCCUGGUGCAGUUUCCUAUCCGGGAUCUGGAUUUUUCUGAGUUUGUCAUCAAACCAAAGAAUGACUCUGCUCCAGAACUGUACAAAUAUGAUCUCAUCGCAGUUUCCAACCAUUAUGGUGGCAUGCGUGAUGGACACUAUACAACAUUUGCCUGCAACAAGGACAGUGGCCAGUGGCACUACUUUGAUGAUAAUAGUGUCUCACCUGUGAAUGAGAAUCAGAUUGAGUCCAAGGCAGCCUAUGUCUUGUUCUACCAACGCCAAGAUGUGGCUCGACGCCAGUCCCAGACUGCCUCAUCUGACAUCCCGACGUCUGCCUCUGGUUCGACACCCAACCCUGAAAUCAUGGAUGUUAACUAAAGGGUCCUGGGACUACCACAGAUAAGGAAGCCCCCUUCAAUACCCCCUUAUGUCUACCCCUCUUCUUACCUGUGUUCAUUGCCCCCAAAGCAUUGCAGGCUUAGUCCGUGGCUACUGUUUUCUUGUACCGCUGUAUUUACUCUCUCAGAAAGAAGAGGCCCUGUGCCCCUGGCAGUGUGCUUCUGCCCGUGUGUGCCUGUACAGCAGUGACUUUCCUCUUAGUCUUAUUUAUGUUGCCCCUUCCCAUCUUUUCCUCACCCCAAAGUGUUCUUAGUGGCUGAUAAUGGGGGUUCACAUGAACACAGAGUGUAUUUUCUUAUUGACACCAUAUACCUUCUGCUGUGUGUUAAAUAUACAUAAAAAACUCCAGUCUGUUCCAUGCUUA